AUGGCAACUGCACUCGAAACCGACACUGAGGUUGGAGAGGGACGACGCGUCGAUGACGCGCAGGAGGAUCCAGACGCGACUGACCCACCCGCGUCGACCGAUACUAUCUCUCCUGCGGUGCUACCCCCAACGCCCCACCUCUUCCUCGACAUCCCCACUGGCACCAUCCCUCCCGCCAUUGGCACGGGCGUACAAUCCCUUUCGAGGAUCCCGACACUCCCAACACGUACCAGUGUGCAGGCGUACCUCACCGCCCAACUCCAACAGAUACUCACAGCCCUCGUCUUAAACAGACUGCACACCGUACGCAAGUGGGUGUUCGUCGGCGUGUUUGGGGUGUUGAACGCGUCAUCUUCAGCAUUUCUGAGGAAUGGGGGGACGGUGGAGUUGAGGUUGGAAUUGAGCGUGGGGGAGCUGGAGAGGGCGCGGUGGGAUCUGGAGGCGUACGUCGAUGGUUUGAAGUUACGUGCAACGUCACCUUCGAUGUCGCCUUCGAUGUCACCUUCGGGCGGGAACGAGGACGAGGACGAAGGUGAGAAUGCCAACGCGCCAAACCCCGAGAAUGUUAACGAAGACGCGAACGCGAACGCGAAUUGGGCGGACUGGGCCGUUUAUAUGGUGUUGGAGGCCAUGAUAUUCGUGCAACGGGUUAUCCCGGCCCUCUACACCUCCGCCCACGCCCACGUCCCGCACCUCGCCCCCACGCUCGCCCUCGGCACGCUCUCCGCGCGCGCGCUCGGGGCUCGCGGGGGCGGUGGCCGGCGUUAUGGGGUACGGUUUGGAUCGACGUCUACUUCGGGGUCUACCGCGUCUUCGCCUUUUCCAGCGCGUUCGUCGCCCCCGCCUCCUUCACCGCCGUCAUCGUUACCCUCAAGUUCGAGAGUUUCGCCGGGACUGUCCCCGUCUGCGUCCUCCUCCGAAACAUCGACACUCCUGGGCUCGUCCCACAUAUCCCGCUCCUCGACGAAAGCAGACGUCGCCGUCGCACCUACCGCGUCGACGUCCAAGCCGGGCAUAUAUGCGUAUGCCUAUAGUCAUGAUUAUGAUUGUAAUUAUGAUUGUAAUUAUGAUUAUGGGUCUACUUCUACUUCUUCGUCAGCGUACGGGUCACAAGCUACUUUCGUUGAUGUCGAGUCUGGAGGUGGACGUGGUGGUGGCGGUGGUGGCGGUGAUGCGUAUACGCCGCGGAGCGCAUACCCAGAUGGAGAAGUAGACGAAGAAGUGGACGAAGCAAAGGAGGUGGAGGACGAAGCGGCAGCCUGGUGCCUCCGCGCCCUCCUGGUCAUGGCUCUCGUUCUGCCGCCGAUCGUGUCGCUGUGGCGAGCCCCGGAGAGGCUGCUUGGGCUGUUGCAGCCCCGCCACACUACGAAUUAUGGUAUUGAUAGUGGGAUUGAUUAUGGGACUGGGAAUGUUAAUGGGAAUGGUAUUGAUUAUGGGAAUGGGAAUGUUAAAGGUAGUGGUAACGGUGCGGGCAACGCCGGGGCUGCGAGCGAGGCCGAGGCCGACGAAAUCAUCCGUCUCGCGGCGGCCUACCUGCGCGUCGCGGCGCUCGGGCUCCCCGCGUUCGGCGUCGUCGAGGUCUUGAACCUCCGCCUCCACCUCGGCGCCGCAGCCGCGCCCGCCAUCGCGGCCGUCGCGGCGGGCACGCACAACGCGCUCGCGGCGGGGAUGCUCGCGUGUGCGGGGUGCGUGGUCUUGCGGAAGGAUGGGCCGCGUCGAGGGGCAGGCGAGAUAGGUGAGAUCGCGUGCUUGCUCAAGAAACACGUCGCCGCGAGAGAUAUCCGCCGGGCGCGCGUCGUCGCGUUCAUCGGGCUGGCGUUCACGCUGCUCGGGGUGGUCUUCCUUAGGUCAGUGGCCGGUCCACCACUUCAUCACUUCAUCGCUUCGUCACUUCAGAACCUCGGGACUGUAACGUGGACGUGGACGUGA